GCUCUGUUUCACGCUCAGAAGCGCUUAGAGCGCUCCAGAGUGUAGAUCAGGAAAAGGGAGGGGAGCAGUCGGUGGCCAGCAUACUUAGGACCAAAACAUAAAUAAUUCGGCCAUUAAGGCAACCGACAGCAGAGGUCCCUGGGAUAUCGCCUUCGGAGACUUUCCGGUCACCGUUGGCGGCCUGACCAGAGUCGUGGUGACAAUUUAAAGGCUGUUCCUGCUCACAAAGCGGCGUGCCGAGGAAGGACGCGUCUCUUUGAAUAGACAGGAUGCACGGACCGCCCUCCGGCGACAGCGCAUGCCCAUUGCGCACGAUCAAGAGAGUUCAAUUCGGCAUCAUCAGCCCAGAUGAGCUUAAACGGAUGUCGGUUACAGAGGGGGGAAUCAAAUACCCCGAAACAACAGAAGGAGGACGUCCUAAACUUGGUGGCCUUAUGGAUCCAAGACAAGGUGUCAUAGAAAGAACUGGAAGAUGUCAGACAUGUGCAGGCAACAUGACAGAAUGUCCAGGCCACUUUGGACAUAUAGAACUGGCAAAGCCGGUUUUCCAUGUCGGCUUCAUUACAAAGAUAAUGAAGGUUCUUCGAUGUGUUUGCUUCUUUUGCUCCAAGCUAUUAGUGGACUCAAACAAUCCAAAGAUCAAAGACAUCCUGGCAAAAUCUAAAGGGCAGCCCAGAAAGCGUCUGACACAUGUGUACGAGCUGUGCAAAGGAAAAAAUAUAUGUGAAGGAGGGGAGGAGAUGGAUAACAAAUUUGGAAUGGAGCAGCAGGAGACAGAGGAGGACCUCACUAAGGAGAAGGGUCACGGUGGCUGCGGACGCUACCAGCCACGCAUCAGACGCUCCGGCCUGGAGCUGUACGCGGAGUGGAAGCACGUUAAUGAGGAUUCACAGGAGAAGAAAAUCCUGCUGAGUCCUGAGCGUGUACACGAGAUCUUCAAGCGCAUCUCAGAUGAAGAGGACAUCAUCUUGGGCAUGGACCCAAAGUUCGCUCGGCCUGAGUGGAUGAUUGUAACUGUGUUGCCCGUGCCUCCACUGGCUGUGAGGCCUGCUGUAGUCAUGCAGGGAUCUGCUCGCAACCAGGAUGACUUGACCCACAAGCUGGCUGACAUUGUCAAGAUCAACAACCAGCUGAGGAGAAACGAGCAGAGUGGUGCAGCAGCUCAUGUCAUAGCUGAGGAUGUGAAGCUGCUUCAGUUUCAUGUAGCCACGAUGGUGGACAAUGAAUUGCCAGGCCUGCCAAGGGCAAUGCAAAAAUCAGGUCGCCCUCUCAAAUCCAUAAAACAGCGUCUAAAGGGAAAGGAGGGGCGAGUCCGAGGUAACCUGAUGGGCAAGCGUGUGGACUUCUCCGCCCGAACCGUCAUCACCCCUGACCCCAACCUGCAGAUUGAUCAAGUGGGCGUACCACGAUCCAUCGCCGCCAACAUGACCUUCCCAGAAAUCGUCACACCCUUUAACAUUGACAGAUUGCAAGAGCUGGUGCGAAGAGGCAACAGUCAGUACCCAGGAGCCAAAUACAUCAUCCGUGAUAACGGAGACAGAAUUGACCUACGAUUCCACCCCAAACCAAGUGACCUUCACCUGCAGAUCGGCUACAAGGUGGAAAGACACAUGUGUGAUGGUGACAUCGUCAUCUUCAACCGACAGCCUACACUACACAAAAUGUCCAUGAUGGGGCACAGGGUUCGGAUUCUGCCCUGGUCCACAUUUCGACUCAACCUCAGUGUGACCACACCAUACAAUGCCGACUUUGACGGGGACGAGAUGAACCUCCACCUGCCUCAGUCUCUUGAGACGAGGGCAGAGAUCCAGGAGCUGGCCAUGGUGCCGCGUAUGAUCGUCACACCCCAGUCCAACAGGCCCGUCAUGGGUAUUGUGCAGGACACCCUCACAGCUGUGCGCAAAUUCACCAAGAGAGACGUCUUCUUAGAGAGGGGCGAAGUCAUGAACCUCCUCAUGUUCCUCUCCACCUGGGAUGGGAAAAUGCCUCAGCCGGCCAUCCUCAAGCCCCGUCCUCUGUGGACAGGCAAACAGAUCUUCAGCCUCAUCAUUCCUGGACACAUCAACGUCAUCCGCACGCACAGCACCCACCCCGAUGACGAGGACAGCGGCCCUUACAAACACAUCUCACCAGGGGACACCAAGGUCAUAGUGGAGAAUGGUGAGUUGAUCAUGGGCAUCCUGUGUAAGAAGUCUCUGGGAACCUCAGCCGGCUCCCUCGUCCACAUCUCUUACCUGGAGAUGGGCCACGACAUCACCCGACUCUUCUACUCCAACAUUCAGACUGUGGUCAACAACUGGCUGCUCAUUGAAGGUCAUUCCAUUGGUAUCGGUGACUCCAUUGCUGACGCCAAGACAUACCUCGACAUCCAGAAUACCAUCAAGAAAGCCAAACAGGAUGUGAUAGAAGUCAUUGAGAAAGCCCACAACAACGAGCUGGAGCCGACCCCUGGUAACACACUGAGGCAGACCUUCGAGAACCAGGUGAAUCGUAUCCUGAACGACGCUCGUGACAAAACAGGAUCCUCCGCCCAGAAGUCUCUGUCUGAGUACAACAACUUCAAGUCCAUGGUGGUGGCCGGUUCUAAGGGUUCAAAGAUUAACAUCUCACAGGUUAUUGCUGUGGUGGGGCAGCAGAACGUGGAGGGUAAACGAAUCCCCUUUGGCUUCAAACACCGCACGCUGCCUCACUUCAUCAAAGAUGACUACGGUCCUGAGAGCAGAGGCUUUGUGGAGAACUCCUACCUGGCUGGCCUGACGCCGACAGAGUUCUUCUUCCACGCCAUGGGAGGCAGAGAGGGUCUGAUCGACACAGCUGUCAAGACUGCUGAGACUGGUUACAUCCAGCGUCGUCUGAUCAAGUCUAUGGAGUCUGUGAUGGUGAAGUACGACGGCACGGUGCGGAACUCUAUCAACCAGGUGGUCCAGCUGCGCUACGGCGAGGACGGUCUGGCAGGAGAGAACGUCGAGUUCCAAAAUCUGGCAACAGUCAAACCCUCACACAAGGCCUUUGAAAAGAAGUUUAAGUUUGAUUGCACCAACGAGCGAGCGCUGAGGCGGAUGUUGCAAGAAGAUGUGGUGAAAGACGUGCUGACCAACGCCCACGUGCAGAGCACCUUGGAGAGGGAGUUCGAGAAGAUGAAGGAGGAUAGGGAGAUCCUUCGAGCCAUUUUCCCCACCGGGGACAGUAAGGUGGUGCUGCCAUGCAACCUGGCCAGAAUGAUCUGGAACGCUCAGAAGAUCUUCCGCAUCAACACUCGGACCCCAACAGACCUGAAUCCUCUAAGAGUGGUCGAGGGCGUUCAGGAGCUGAGUAAGAAGCUGGUGAUUGUGAAUGGCGAGGACCCACUGAGCAGACAGGCCCAGCAGAACGCCACUCUGCUCUUCAACAUCCACCUGCGCUCCACUCUCUGCUCCAAACGCAUGACGGAGGAGUUCCGCCUGUCCACAGAGGCUUUCGACUGGCUGCUGGGAGAGAUUGAGACCAAGUUCAACCAGUCCAUUGCCCACCCAGGUGAGAUGGUCGGCGCGCUGGCUGCUCAGUCGCUGGGAGAGCCGGCCACCCAGAUGACCCUAAACACUUUCCACUACGCCGGUGUGUCGGCCAAGAACGUGACACUUGGUGUGCCUCGUCUAAAGGAGUUGAUCAACAUCUCCAAGAGGCCCAAGACGCCCUCACUGACUGUUUUCCUGCUGGGUCAGGCGGCACGUGACGCAGAGAGGGCCAAAGACAUCCUCUGUCGACUGGAGCACACCACACUGAGAAAAGUGACAGCCAACACUGCCAUCUACUACGACCCCAACCCCCAGAACACGGUGGUGGCCGAGGACCAGGAGUGGGUGAACGUCUAUUACGAGAUGCCCGACUUCGACGUGACGCGCAUUUCACCAUGGCUGCUGCGCAUCGAGCUCGACCGCAAGCACAUGACUGAUCGCAAGCUGACCAUGGAGCAGAUCGCCGAGAAGAUCAAUGCAGGGUUCGGAGACGAUCUGAACUGUAUCUUCAACGACGACAAUGCUGAGAAACUCGUUCUGCGAAUCAGGAUCAUGAACAGCGACGAGAACAAGUUCCAAGAAGAUGAGGAGGUGGUGGACAAAAUGGACGACGAUGUGUUCUUGAGGUGCAUCGAGUCCAACAUGCUGACAGACAUGACCCUGCAAGGCAUCGAGCAGAUCAGCAAGGUGUACAUGCACUUACCUCAGACCGACAACAAGAAGAAGAUCAUCAUCACAGAGGACGGUGAGUUCAAGGCCCUGCAGGAGUGGAUCCUGGAGACAGACGGAGUGAGUCUCAUGAGAGUGCUCAGCGAGAAGGACGUGGAUCCCGUCAGGACCACCUCCAACGACAUUGUGGAGAUCUUCACGGUCUUGGGUAUUGAGGCAGUGCGAAAGGCUCUGGAGAGGGAGUUGUACCACGUCAUCUCCUUCGACGGUUCCUACGUCAACUACCGUCACUUGGCUCUGCUCUGUGACACCAUGACCUGCCGCGGUCAUCUGAUGGCUAUCACACGUCACGGCAUCAACCGUCAGGACACGGGACCGCUCAUGAAGUGUUCCUUUGAGGAGACGGUGGACGUGUUGAUGGAGGCAUCGUCCCAUGGUGAAAGUGACCCCAUGAAGGGUGUGUCUGAGAACAUCAUGCUCGGCCAGCUCGCCCCGGCUGGUACAGGCUGCUUUGAUUUGCUGCUGGAUGCUGAGAAGUGUAAAUACGGCAUGGAGAUCCCCACAAACAUACCUGGCAUCAGCGUGGCUGGACCCACUGGAAUGUUCUUUGGCACAGUGCCCAGUCCCAUGAGUGGUAUGUCACCUGCCAUGACCCCGUGGAACACUGGAGCUACACCAGCCUACGGCGCCUGGUCCCCCAGUGUCGGAAGCGGCAUGACCCCUGGAGCAGCAGGUUUCUCUCCCAGUGCAGCAUCAGACGCAAGUGGCUUCUCUCCAGGGUACUCCCCAGCCUGGUCCCCCACUCCUGGGUCCCCGGGGUCUCCAGGACCUGCCAGCCCAUACAUCCCAUCUCCAGGUGGAGCCAUGUCACCCAACUACUCACCCACCUCCCCGGCCUACGAGCCUCGCUCCCCUGGAGGCUACACCCCUCAGAGCCCGGGCUACUCCCCAACAUCACCGUCUUACUCCCCCACUUCUCCCUCCUACUCCCCCACCAGCCCGAACUACAGCCCGACAUCUCCUUCCUACUCUCCCACUUCGCCCAGUUACUCCCCAACUUCUCCUUCCUAUUCACCCACAUCUCCUUCUUACUCCCCAACAUCCCCAUCCUACUCCCCCACUUCCCCGUCUUACUCCCCCACCUCCCCCUCCUACUCUCCCACCUCGCCGAGCUACAGCCCAACGUCGCCGAGCUACAGCCCGACGUCGCCCAGCUACUCUCCCACCUCGCCUUCUUACUCCCCCACCUCGCCUUCUUAUUCUCCCACAUCUCCCUCUUACUCCCCCACCUCCCCCUCAUACUCCCCCACCUCUCCUUCCUACUCGCCGACCAGCCCGAGCUACAGCCCCACGUCGCCGAACUACACCCCCACCUCGCCCAGUUAUUCCCCCACCUCCCCCUCCUACUCCCCGACAUCGCCCUCUUACUCCCCAACCUCCCCCAACUACACCCCGACCAGCCCCAACUACUCUCCCACCUCUCCCUCGUACUCUCCCACCUCUCCGUCCUACUCCCCUUCCAGUCCACGCUACACCCCGCAGUCACCCACCUACACACCCAGCUCACCCUCAUACAGCCCCAGCUCACCCUCUUACUCCCCCACCUCCCCCAAAUACACCCCGACUUCACCCUCAUACAGCCCCAGCUCCCCGGAGUACACUCCCACCUCUCCCAAGUACUCCCCUACUUCUCCAAAGUACUCCCCAACAUCACCCAAGUACUCACCCACUUCUCCCACCUACUCCCCGACAACUCCAAAAUACAGCCCCACCUCUCCCACCUACUCCCCCACCUCCCCCACCUACACCCCCACCAGCCCCAAAUACUCCCCUACGUCCCCGACUUACUCCCCAACCUCACCCAAGUACUCACCCACAUCUCCCACAUACUCGCCAACUAGUCCUAAAGGCUCCACAUACAGCCCCACCUCCCCUGGAUACAGCCCCACCUCACCCACCUACAGCCCGGCCAUCAGCCCCGAUGACAGCGACGAGGAGAACAACUGAUGAGCCACGGCGGAGAAGGGGAGGCACCUGAAGAAACACCUCCCCCAUCAUCUCAUAGGUGGACACCUGAAGGACAGCACCCAUAACCAGCUGGAGGCUGUCUCAACCAUCUGAGGGAGUUGCCCCACCUUUACCCCCUCCCCCCAAAUAGUUAAACUAUUAUGUGAAAGACUUGAACUGCUUUGCCUGAAGGAAAAAAAAGGCUGCCUUUUGAAAUAGUUUUUUAAUUUUCACACGGGGUGUCGAAGCAAAACUGCAAAUCCCAAGAGGGAAUGAAAAGGAGAGGAAGAUGUGGUGAACACAUGAGGGGGAGAAAAUGUCCCUUUUUAACUUUAUAGUGUAUUGCAUCCAGUCUCUCUCUUGUUCUCUAAGUGUUGGGUAUAUAGUCGUUCCUGGAAAGCAUACAUUUUGCCAAAAGCCUUUUUUGAAAAACUAAGUGGAUUGUAUUCAUCACUAAAACAUAAGCUCUAAAGAAAAUCAAGGAGGUAAGGUUUAGACUUUGUUUACUGCAUAUUUCACAGAGGUGUAUCUUGUUAGACCUUUUGCUGCUUUUGUAAAAGUACAGUUGCUGCCAGUUUUGAGGGCAUUUUGUGGAUGAGAGAAGAUGGAGCUUUAGGUGUUUUGAUACAUUCAAAUGGUCGGGUCAGAAUGUCUAAAGGAGAGUCGGAUGAUCGGUAUAAAUGCAUACAUUACAGGAGAGAGAAACUGGUUUGCAGGGAAAGGAAAUCUCACUCUGAACAUCAUUAACUACACAGGUGUAUGUACCCAUCGCCCUCCCCUCUUCCUCCUUCACACCCCAAAGACAAAACCUGAAAGAUGUCAUGAAAACACCCACCAGCAUCCUCUUGUCCUGAGACUUCUGCAUCAAAAGCAAAAAAAAAAAAAAAAAAAAAAAAAAAAACUUUUCCAGAUGCUAUUCUUCCCUUGACACUGGGAAUUUAAAGAUUUAUAUGAAAAAAAAUAAUAGUCAGAAAGAUUAUUCUGUCUUUAAUUUUGAUUCUAGGAGGAAAUGGGGCACACGUGGACGAGGGAUACUAGUUUGGCGUUGCUGCUUUUGUCAUUGUUUGCAUGAGUAGCACAUGUUAAUACAUUUUAAUCAAGCUUUAGGUUGAAAUUUGUUUCGUAUUCCUCCCACUUCUUGCUAAUCUUCGUCCCAUUUCUAAUAGCUGACGUGUACACAAGUUUAUUUGGACAAUUCAAUUUAUUUAAGAAAGAAAGUUAACUACUAUUCUGUGUGAAUAUGAAUAGAGGAAAAUUAAGAAUUUUAAUUUUGUUUUUGGCUUAUCACUUGUUUGCUUUUGGUGACUUUGUAAACCUGUUUGCAGGAGGCUCAUGUUCAUAUACUGUGGAUGAAGGGGCAGUGGACGGAGGGAGUAGUUUUAUAUAUUUUUUUUUUCACCCCCCCUUGUUUUCCCCAGCAGUCUGAGUUUUUGCCAUUACAGCGACUGCUCUUUUCACUAACAGUUGUACAAAAUGUUGCGUGACGUCGCUUCAGUUAAAAGGUUGAAGAGCAUAAAGUUAAGAGCUCAGUUUGGUGUUUUCACUGCUCGGGACGCCAGAGGGCAACUUUUGUCCUGUUGGCCUUUUUCCUCACAACGGGGUGGAACAGUUUCUUGUCUUUAAGCAGAGAUCGUCCAAAGAAACAGCACUUUUGGCCUCUCUAUAAAAAAAACCUUACCCACUACAUUAGUGUGAACUUUCUUUUGAUUAAGGGUGCUUUCUCACAACUUGACCUAAUUCGGCUUGUGUGAGGGGAACCGUCUGUAACCGUCUGACAAUGGAAACAUUUUUUCCCUUUCCCUCCUCGUUCCAUUCGAUCAUUCGAUGCGGUUUCUGAAUUUCUCGGAUUAGCUGGGUCUCCUCCCUCUUCCCUCUUCAUCCACAAGUGAUCCUCAUUUCUGAAAUCAGUGUUUCUUUUUUCUACCCGUGUAUGUACCUGUGACGAGGGGAAUCAUAGGGAGGGCGGGGGAUGUAUCAGAACUGACCGGGAGUCCUGAGGAGAUACAACACAACCAGUAAUUUUUUUUGGGGGGGCUUAUGUUCUGAAAGUGUUUAAAUAAUUUUGUGAAACAUUGCUUCCAUGGUCGUCUUGAAUUGAAAGGACUGCAUCCUCUGGCCUUUGAGAUAAAGCAGGUUUGGUAAUUGCACUUAGUAAAUAUUGUGGUGGAGCUUGUCGCUUUCCAUAAAGCCCCUUAAUUGUUAUAUUUUGUCCACUAUGCUUGCAUCCAAUCCUGUUGUCUUAACUGUGUGCUGUCCAGUCAAUUCAGGACGUCAGGACUCCCAGGUUGAAUGAAUGACUGAAAGCUGCGCGUGUGUGUGUGUGUGUGUGUGUGCGGUUAGUGCGUGUCCAGAGGCGAGACAGGGUUUCAAGCAGAGGAAAGACUUCAUGUCUGGGCAAAGGAAGGUUUAACUUAAAAUUGCCACUGUAUAGAAAUUGAUUCAUUAUCUCAUUCUCUGUAUCUUUGUUCUGUUUGUUUUUUGACUUGGGAAAAAAAAACAAUAAAAGUUUUACUAUAA